CAACGUAAGCGGUUGCUUCAAGCGUCAUUAAAAGUUUAAUAAAUGAAAGGAACGGAAAUAAUUUGCAAGCGAAAAUCGUUAACUAAAGAGUGAAGGACUUCAUAGUAGCAAACAAAAUUGCAAAGUGGUUUUGAAUUUCAAAAUUGUUUUCUUGAAAAAAUAUCGAUAUCGAAAAAUUGUUACGUAAAAUAAAUAGAUUUUAAUAUUUGUGGAAAUAUUUACCGGAAAAUUCAGUUGAAAACUUUUGGUUUUCUUUUUUUUUUGGAAAAUUGACAGUUUAUUAAAGUCGCGUUUUUUCAAUUAGACGUCGGUUUUAUUUUAACGUCUAUACGUUGGAAUUCUGCAAUCUAUGCAAGUUAUUGUGAUUGCCGAAAAAUGCGCAGAAAUUUAAGAACUUUACUUCUAUUCUGCUCGCUUUGGCAUGCAAUUUUAUGUGUUGAAUUAAAUACAACAGUCGCGCAAGUGAAAUUGUUACCCGCCGAUAUACAGGAUCUGCAAAUCAAAGCGAAUGCGAGCGCGGCACAGCUGCUUUCAAUGGCCGUAGACGAUGGGGAGGAUACAGACAUAAUUGAGGCUGCCGAGGAAACCGCCGUUUUAGAAACCCACUCGCCACCGGAUCAAUCACGUUCUCGCCGGCAACUGUUCUACGACCCCUCCCUUUUAAUGCUCACCAAUUUCGGCGCAGAAGGCAGUAAAUGCAUAUCUUCCCGCGGUUACUCCGGCAUCUGUGUGCGCUUCACAGUCUGUCAGCCACUUUUUCGCUACAAUAGGCAAAUCAAUUUUUUCGCACUGCGCCAGUGGCCGCAAGUGCCGCGCGUAGGACAGGAAAUAUGCAGCUUCUACGAUCAAUUUGGGCAUCCAAACACUGGUAUUUGCUGUACAAACACAUUUAUGGGCAAUGGCAUGGGAGGCGCUGGAAUGCUUCCACCUUUCAUCUAUCCCGGUGGCGUAAAUCCUUUACUUACACCACCGACUGUACCAACAGCGCCAACGCAAGAAAUCCCACAAGUAGGAGAGGAGGAGGAGUUGGAAGAGGAAAAAGAUGAAGAAGAUAUUAUAGAGCUAGAUCACCCAACGGAAAUCGAUCCACUAGUUGAUCCCCUACACGUGCCCUCAACUGGUGGUGGUAAGCCAGAGUUUCAGGCAGAAAAUAAUGUUGUUUACGAUCCCAUCAAGGAAGAUGGGGAUGAGAAACCUGAAAGCGCUACGCGGGCACCAGCGACAACCUACAAUGAAUUUGCUUAUCAAUGGCCAGGCCAGUUUGGUAACCAAUUCUCAGGUGUACACCAAUGGCCACCACCAUUACCGACACAUCCGCCCACAACAGGUGUGUGGCCGCCACCAUUACCAACACAUCCACCCAAUCACCAUUACCCCACGCAUUCUUCGGUAACUACACGACCGACGACGCAAACAACCACACGUCGCACCACUACGAGGCUAACUACUACGACGCCACGACCGACCACCACUACAUCACGUCGUCCAAGUUAUCCCAGUUACCCCUCGUAUCCUGCAU